AUGCCCACCUUAGCGCCAGUGCUAAGUCCGCCGGAGCUUGUUAUCGCUGGAGCAGGUGCAGUUGACGUCGUGGCAACGGCCGAGGCCGAAGAGGAACUUGUGGCUGCAAUGGAUGAGGUAGAGGAGGGUGCAGAUGUGGUGGAAGAUGAGGUUGUGGAAGUCGAUGUCGACGAAGGCGACACGUUCGAAUCUAUCACAAAGCCGCGGCUCUGGAGUUGGCCGUCAACAAAUCCGCUUAUCUCGGAGGUGUCGGCUCCUGUCGGGUCUCUGAUGAUAAGAACAAAGUUUGGGCUUUCUGAUAUCUGGUCCUCGUUGAUGUUAUCGAGUUCACCGAUCUUCCAAGUAUAUGAUCCUGUGUUUUCGACAUCGGCUGGGUUAGGCCAGAGAUGUUAG